UUUUGGGGAAUGGUGCCGCUGACUAUUUUUCUCAGUACGUUACACGUAGGCAAUUCGUACUCGUAGUCUUUGAAUGAUGGAACGAUGGAGCCUAGUCUUGCAUGUCUUACUCAUACUUAUGUCUUAGUCAUGUUACUUUGUUAGUCACAGAUUUUUUUUUAGACAUGUAAGAGGCUUUGCCAACAGAUUCACAUUCAGACAUUCUCGCGGACAUGGCGGCUGGAGGUUGUUCCAUUAAUUGCACUCACGUCUGGGCAAAGGGCAAUUCUCUGUUCACUUAUUUCGUUCUUCACUUUUUUUGGAGGAUCCAGGCGAAAGAAAAUCGCAAUUGACCUGAAGACGAGUCACAAAAUAUAAGCCAUGAAGAUGAAAAUAUCUGAGCAGUCUUCUGAGCCCAGCACAGUUACCAAUGGAGUGAUUGAGUCCAACAUGACGCCCUUUCAUUCAUGGUUGGGUAGCCGUGGCAUGUGGAUUUCAUAUUUGAUUGGAACCUAUGCACUGCAUUUGUUCUUUCUCAGCUUACCAUUCUUGAAUGUAGCAAUGGUGUGGACACUUACAACGGUCACACACAGCCUGCUGAUGUACCUCCUGUUUCACUACAUCAAAGGAUCAAUAUGGUCAGAUUCUCAGCAAACAGAACGUUAUUUAACACAGUGGGAGCAGAUUGACAAUGGAGACCAGUUUACAACCACCAGAAAAUUCCUCACAGUCGUUCCCAUUGUCAUGUUUUUCUUGGCCAGCUUUUACACCAAGUAUCAACCAACACACUUCCUUGUUAAUGGCAUCUUUACGCUGAUCAUUGUGCUACCCAAGUUGCCCAUGUUCCACGGUGUAAGAAUAUUCAACAUCAAUAAAUAUUAAUCCCCAUCCAGUGUGUAAGGAUGGUGUUACUUAUGAAUGUCAAAGGUCAGUCUUGACAGAUGGUAGCACAUCUCUCAUGACAGCUGUCUUACUGCCACCUGUGUAUUUCAAACAUUUUGAGGAUGGCUGCUGUACUAGUAACCAAACUGGAGGGAAACCAUUAAUUUUAGUUGAAAGGGUUGGGCUGUGAUAUUCUUUAGUUUCACUUAGCACAUUACCUGACAGCUGCGAAAUUCAUCCAAGGUGGUUUUGCUACUCUCAACUGCUAGGAAUGAAAACAUUUAAGACUGAAAACAGACAUUUUCCCUUUGUAAAAGAAAUCCUAGGGGAUAUACAUAUUCUCUUGUAAGAAACAUGAAUUAAGUGCAUAUUUUCCCUGAUUUUUUUUCAAUUUGAAUAAUGCAGUGUACAGGGUACAUGUACCUCAAAUUUCUAAAAUCAUAAUUUUAAUGUUCACUCUCUCUGAUUUGACGUUAUGGUAGAUUAUUCAGUACAAGUAAAAAUAACUUAUUUCUAAACGUCAUAUACAGGAUGUACAUGUAUGUAGGUACAGUGGAUACAUGUAAAGUGAAGAUUUUGAAAGUUAAUUUCCAAAGAAUUUUCAAAAUGGGUAUUUUUGAUGUGAAUACUUAUUGGCUGAUUUUUCUUAUUUUGGGAAAGACGUACUUUUUUCUAACUUUUUGUUUUUCAUUUCAUUUGAAUAUUGUAUGAGUUCAUUUAGUUUGUAAAUCUGUGUAUGUGUUUGUCUUACUAAAACUAAAUUGACUGCAACCCGCUAACCGUACAUGUAUACUAAUAAUAUGUAGGUGUUAUACCCCAGGGGACAUGUCUGCUAAACAGUGUGCGGGCGCAUUGUUAUCAGCAGAGCAUGAAAUUACCUAGAAAGUGGACAAAGUUUUGCCAAAACUGUUGGUCAGUACACAUUCAACGACUACUUUUAUUCCGCAUCAACGUUUGAGCUUGAUUUUGACAUUCACUUUAAUUGCAACAGGUGUAACAGUCUAAUCUUACCCUAUACAUGUAUGAUACUUAAUCUUGAGAUAAACGUUUGCAGUUUUGAAGACUCCAUUAGUAGAGAACCACUCAUUUCAGUUUGACAUGUUUGUUUCAAUAUGUUCCCUCCCCUAGCUUAAUAUGGUUUAGAAAGUUAGACUAAUUGAUAAGUAUGUUUCUCCAUUGUUUACAUGUAUAGAAAGUUUGCUCUUAUGGUAACAUUAAGUUGGGGUCCGAGUAAGGUUGCAUGCAUUCUUUUAUCAACUUAAUUGUAUUUUUGUUGUGUACUUUUAGGAUUUAAUGGAAAUGCAAGCAAUGCAAAUUUACAUUGUACAAAUUUUUCUUGACAGAAAAGGUAGACAGAGUUACAGAAAAGAAAUAUUUGUGCUAUGUGUAUGAGAUACAGUGCAUAGAACCUGUGCAUAGAGCAUUCCAGACCUUUGCUAGAGUUUCUUUCCUCAAAUGCACCAACAUGUUAAAGAAAGAAUCUGUCAGCAGUACGCCCAUCAAACCUUGAGAUGUACAUUGUAUCUUGGUGAGACUAACAGGCUCUGUAACUUUGUUUGUCUUUGCAAAUGAUGAAAUUAACCUAACUAAUGUUUGAAAUUAAUAAAUUACUGCUUAAUAUAUGUGGUUGAAAACAUUGCUUUUAUCCUUCCAAAGUGCAUGAAAAAACUCAGUACAUUCAAAAGUUAGUCCAGUGUGCACUGCCCUUUAUUGACCUUGUCUGUUCUUUCAUGCAUCAAAGUGUGUUAUUGGGUAUAUUUAUUCAAAUUAAGAAUCUGAAUGCAUUCUGAAGCUUUAUUUCUGGAUUUCAAAUCGAUGGUUUAUCUUGCACAAAGCAGAAGUUUUCCUUAUGUAACUUGUUUUCUUUCAAAAGAAAGGUUGAAUUUUGAAAAAUUUAAAUUCAGUAUCCUGGUCUACAUAAGGUGUGCUGAUAUUUGUACCUUACCUCAGUUUCAACAAAAAAAUGAAUGACUCACAUUUCUAUACACACAUCUACUAAAAGAACCUCUUGAAACCUCCAAAGUAUUUGUUUACAGCAGUGGUAUGCAUAUCCUUUUUUUUUUUUCUGGAGUAGGCCUACAUAAAUUUCUAAAGGGUCAAUAAACCAUCUUUAUACCGGUACAUGUACCAUA